CAGAAAGUGUGUCUGGAGUGGCGUCUCACCAAGUGUGGUUAACGCGAAAGUACAAAAAUCAUGCCAGUAUAUGCGUAUGUACUCCGGAGAGACGUAUGACUGUUUUUAAAGGAUGUUUUUUACAUUUCUCAUCAUGGAUUGGGACAGACAGCAGCCUUUGUUUUGUACACUAUUAAUCCUUCUUUUAGGAACAGGAGCAAUUAAUUUAGGAAGUUGCAGAUCUGCUGUAAACUAUGGAGAUGACACAUUUACUAUCCAGCACAAAAGUACUGGCAUGUGCCUUCUGGUCCAGAAUGGGGCAUUGAAGUUGGGAGGGUGUUCAUCAGUACCGGCCAUGUCAUGGAAGUGGGGUUCGGGCCACAUGCUGUACCACGUAGAGUCUUCUAUGUGUUUGGGUCUGGAGGUGCGCUCCAAAACAGUGACCAUGUUCAGCUGCGACUCCACAGAGAUUCUGCAGUGGAAGUGCUUUGAGGACAUUAUCCACACAGAGUACCACAUGAAACUGAGUGUGGGAGCUGAAGACACUGUAACUGUCAAGCGAGAUGCAACAGACACCUGGAAAAGAGGAGGAAGUACAGAGAACAUCUGUCAGCGGCCUUACCAAAGCAUGCACACAAGUGGGGGGAAUUCUAACGGGGCACCCUGUGAGUUCCCCUUUCUCUACAACAUGACAUGGCACCACGGCUGUCUGCCUGGCACUGGCGACCAACCGCUAGACUGGUGCUCUACCACAGCAAACUAUGACCUAGAGCAGAAGUGGGGAAAUUGUCUGAAAUCUGUUGAAGGCUGUUCUACUUUAUGGGAAAAAGGCACAGUAAAGGGACGCUGCUACCAGGUAGUAUCCACAGCGGUGGUGACGUGGCAUGAGGCACUGGAUGCCUGUCGUAGUCAAGGUGGAGACUUGCUCAGUGUGUCUAGCCCUCAAGAGCUUGAGUUUUUUAAAGGCCGGGAAGACAUGCCAAGCAAACUGUGGAUUGGACUGAACCAUCUAGACUGGAUGCAGGGAUGGCAGUGGUCAGAUGGAUCCGCCUUAUCUUUUGCCCCUUGGGAAACAGGCAUUUCUAACAGGUCACUAGUAUCAUAUGAGUACUGUGGGGUUGUUCAGGAGCAGCUGCAUUUUGGUACAGAGACGUGUGAGAAUCGACUUCCAUUCAUCUGUGAGAAGAAUGAGAAUGACAGUCAAGCUGAGAGUACAGCAGUCAGGGAGGUGUAUAAGCCCACGAUGUGUAAGGAUGGUUGGGAUGGAUGGAAAGGAUUCUGUUAUAAACUCCACGGAGUGACAAAUGUGUCAAAACUGUCCCAGCCUGAAGCAAAGCAGACCUGUGAAAGGGAAGGAUCUCAGCUUGCCAGCAUGCACAGCUUGGAGGAUGUAGAAAUGCUACAUGCAAACUUUCAUACAACAUUUACAGAGGUUUGGAUUGGUCUUAUGGGCAAUGGAACUUCCUCAAUUUUUGAAUGGGUUGAUGGAGUGCCAGUGUCCUUCACAUACUGGGCCAGGGCUGAACCUCCAGCACUUCUACCAAAUACCAUCCAUUGUGUGUACUAUGCCGGAGAGCAUCACACGUGGUCUGUGUCUGACUGUGACGAGCCGAGGUCUUUCAUGUGUAAGACGAAAGGGAUGGUGAAUGACAGUGCUCCAGAGGAAGGCUGCCCUCCAGAAGGGAAUUGGAAAAGACAUGCCAAUGCAUGCUAUAAAGUGGACACUGAUCUAGUGUCCUAUAAAAACAGCUGCCACAUCACUAUUAAUUACAGUUUUGAACAGGCCUUCAUUAACAGUCUUCUGAAAGAGCAUACCAGCUCUGAGGUGUUAUAUUUCUGGACGGGGCUGCAGGACUCUAAAGGGUCCGGAGAGUACCAGUGGAUAAGUCAGAAUGGAACAGUGGACCGGGUCACCUACACCAACUGGAGAUUGUCAGAACCAGCUUUCCCUGGAGGAUGUGUUGUGAUAACUACAAAGGGUCUUUUGGGCCAGUGGGCCGUUAAGAAUUGCACUCAGUUCAAUGCUGGUAAUAUCUGUAAGAGACCCAUCAGAUCCUUGGUCCAACCCACUCCAGACCCAGUUGUGCCCAACCCCGAUGGUCCCUGUGCACCUGGAUGGGUUUCAAAGGAAGGCCUUAAUUACUGUUACAAGGUCUUUCAUGAGGAACGUUUGACCCGGAAGCGCUCGUGGGAAGAGGCAAAUAAUUUCUGUGAGGCGUUGGGCGCUAAUCUGCCUAGCUUUACUGAGGCUAAAGAAAUGCAGGCAUUACAUUUCAUCCUGAGAGACUCUAUAAGCGAUAAUCGCUUUUUCUGGGUGGGACUAAAUCGACGGAACCCAAAUAACAACAAUAACUGGGAGUGGAGCGACGGGCGUCCAGUCUCCAUGCUGAUCUUCCCUCAAGAAUUCCAUGAAGAUGAUGACUAUAACAGAGAUUGCACUGCCUUUAAGACUUUGAAAACAACCUACAAGCCAUAUCUCCUCCUGUUUCAUAAUUUCAACCCGCGGCCAUUUUAUCCCAGCACCUUUCAUUGUAAUGCCAAACUGGAGUGGGUGUGUCAGAUACCACGAGGUCAAACACCAAAAGCACCAGAGUGGUACAACCCAGAUGGACACCACGAGACCUCUGUGUUUAUAGACGGGCAGGAGUUUUGGUUUGUAACAGAUCCAAAGUUGUCCUUUGAUGAGGCUGUAAUGUACUGCAGCAGCAACAACAGCAAACUCGCAGAACCUGAGACCUUUAAUGCUGCCCGCCAUCUUCAGGAGCAUCUUUAUGAGCAUUCAGGGAAAGAGAUUGUGAGGUGGUGGGCAAACCUUCAUUACCCCGGUCCUCACAUCCCUUUUAUGCUUAGCCCCAUGCACUACUAUCAUUCAGCAUUUUUGGGCAGGUGCUCCUCAAUUACUCCCCUUUCCAUUAUGCCUGUUUUCAGCGGGAGUUGUAAUGAAAGACAGCCUUUCAUAUGCGAGACUCUGAAUGUCACAUCUGCAGAGAAAGGAACCCCAGAACCGCACCCAGCUGGCACCAAGUGUGACAACAAUGACAAUCACUUCAGAGACAAGUGCUACAGGGUUUUGUCUAAGUCUACUUUUCGGACCUUCAAGGAAGCGAACGACUUCUGUCAGAGUCUAAGUGGCUCCCUGCUCACCAUAUCUAACCAAGCCGAACAGGAUUUCAUCACUACCCUGUUACCCAUGUUACCAGGGCAACCUCAGAAUGUCUGGAUAGGGCUGACGUUCAAGCUUCAUGACACCCAAUGGGUGGACAACUUACCGGUUACAUAUCUGAACUUCAAUCCACUGCUGCAUGGCCAGUUACGACACAUGUUCAUCAAUAAAUUUGAACAAGACUCCCUGGAACUGUGUGCCUACAUGUAUAAUGAUGCUCAUUCUGACAUGAUGGGCACCUGGGACUACUCUUCCUGUUCUGACCGUCAGUAUCUCAGUGUCUGUCAACUUUACUCAGAUAAACCUGAAGAAACAGUGGUGUCUAAAGAGGAGUUCCAUGUUGUUAAUCAUACAUUUAAGAUGGUACAACAGAACAAUUUAACAUGGGUAGAUGCUCUUAGCUUGUGCCGGAGCCAGAAUAUGGAACUUGUCAGCAUAUCGGAUGCAUAUAUUCAAGCAGUGCUCACCGUAAAUGUUUCUCGAGGUGGACAGCCCCUCUGGAUUGGACUCUACAGCACUGAUGAUGGGGAGCACUACCACUGGACAGACCAUAGCCACACAGAAUUCAACCGCUGGACCCCUGAAGCCACCUCAGGGGCCUGUGUGUAUCUGGACACUGAUGGCUUUUGGAAAGCUACAGAGUGUGAGGAAGAACUUUCAGGAGCAAUCUGCCACGUUCCACACAAAGAGAGCAUCACACCUGAAGUGAGUCUGGUAAAAUGUCCUCACAAGAGCAAUGGACAGAACUGGGUCCGCUUCAAGAACAACUGCUAUACUUUAUUGCUGGUAUUCUCCAGGUGGGGGAAUAAGACUGGCCAGCAGAUCUGCAAGUCUCUCGCUGGAUAUGGAGAAAUCCUGACCAUCCGUGAUGAGGAAGAGAAUGAAUUUAUCAGGCAGCAACUGUUGCCAUUCAAAAACCUGGCAGUGUUUGUGUGGCUGGGAAUGAGCAAAAACAGGACAGAUGAGCAGCUGAAAUGGCUAGAUGGCAGCAAUGUGCAGUACUCCAAGUGGAAAUACGGUGGAAGACCAAACAUCACUGAGCCCUUUAUGGUUGGCCUCAACUUGAUCGGAGAGUGGGAGGUGAUAACAAAUCAACGCCUUUUCACAGCCGUCAAACAGCGGAGCAUUGUGGUGUGCAAGAUUGAAAAUGAUUCCAAAGAAGAGUUCAUGAAUGAUGUGGCUGACGUUAAGUCUCCAAAAGGCAUAAGUUACCGUCGGGUGGCCAAGAAACUGGACUGGUAUCAGGCACUGCAAGAGUGUGGCAGCAAUGGAGGCCAUCUUGCCAGCAUUUCUGAUAAGACAACUAAUGACAACAUGGCACUGAUCGCCAAAAGAGAUGGCUUUCCACUGUGGAUCGGCUUCUCCAAUCAAGAUGUAAGCGGGUGGCCCUUUGAGUGGUCUGAUGGGUCUCCGGUAAAAUACUGGCCAGAUGGAUUUAUAAACGAUGGCCAUGAAUCUGAGGAAAAGUGUGUAUUUGUUGACUCCAAAGGCACCUGGACUGCCGUCAACUGCCAUGUACAACAAGAGGGGGCCAUCUGCUACAACCGCAUCAGUGAGAAGACUAGUGCUCCCGUCUCUUCUCAGUCCAGCAGCAGCUGUCCUAAGGGUGAUGGUCAGUCUUCUUGGAUCCCAUUUAAAGACCACUGUUAUGCUUUCAAUAUGUACAACUACUCUGUCUUAAACAUGGAGGAUGCCAAGAAUGUGUGUCAGAAACUGGAUUCAUCCUCCAAACUGUUAACCAUAAAGAGUAAGGAGGAGAAUGAUUUUGUCUCCAAGUAUUUGAGUGAAAAUCCUUCCAUCACCAGUCGAGUGUGGCUGGGGCUCAAUAUUGACUCCAAAGGUAUGCCUACAGGUUGGGAAGAUGGCAGUAAACUGGACUUUUCUAACUGGGUAACAAAAUCAGAGCCAUCAUUAUCACAGCAGACUUGUGCAGUUAUUGUGUCGAGUAAUGGCCUUUGGACCCAAGCUAGCUGCUCAAACAGUCGGAGCAGAAUUGUCUGCAAAGCACCUGCAAACCCAGGUAGCCCAGUGGCUUUGAUCUUCUUCAUCAUCUUGCUCCUCUGCAUCGUCACGGCUGUCUCCUUCCUCUUGUACCAGAAAAACAGACACCGCUUCCAUUCAACUGUACGUUACCAGCGCAACUUUGAUGACGCAGACAGCACAAGUAUGAUCACUAAUGCAGAAUGAGGCUGAGCUCAACCCAGGUGGUCAACCAUUAAUAAUGUCAAAUGAAAUGCUAGCUACAGUAUAAUGUGCCUUUUAGUAUAAACACUCCUCUAUGACAACAACAUAAACAUCUGGUUCAUUCAAACUAAUACUCGUAAUUAUUAUUCACCGUGCAAUGCGGCUUAAUCUAACAUCUCAAGAGUUUAUGGAAAUACAAAUAGGAAUGGUGGCUUUUUUUUUUUUUUAGGUUUUAAUGUUUAAAUUAAAAUGUCUAAAAUGCUUGUGUACAUUUUAAUGAGAGGACAAAGCUGAGAAGGUUUUAAGAUUGUAAUAUUUUCCUUUUAUUUUGAAAAUGUGAUUUUAACUGAGUGUCAACAUUGUGCAAACAUCUAAAACACCUUGAUAAGAACCCAAAAACUGUUUUAUUCCAUUAAUCUAUUUUUGUGGUUAUAAUUUUCCUUUUUUCUUUAUCUUCUAAUAUUGGUGGAUUUCUGAUUAAGUACUGUCAUUCAGAUGAACAUACCUGUCAAACCUGCAAUAAUGAUGUUCCCCCCUGUAAAGGAGUUCUUUUUUAAUGUGAGGCAUCUAAAAAAUAUAUAUUUCCUGUGAUGACUGCAUGGCUAGCAUAACAUGUACUUAAAUCCUGGCUUUAUGGUAUUGUUUAAGUUAAUUACAGUAAUAUUUACAGUAUGUGCUGUAUAAAAUCUUAUGGUAAUUACAGUAAGUCCAGUGCACUGAAUGCUGUACAAAAUGCCUAUGAUAAAGUGUUAGAGCAGAUAUCCUAUGCACUAUAAUGCUUAAUUUUCUCAAACUACUGAGAUCUGAUGCACUUUAAAAAGCUGUUUGAAAUCUAAUUUAAAACUCCAAUUUAGUACAUGGGAUUUAGUACAUGCUUUGUAAAUGUUUUAAAGCAUUUUAUUUGCUGUUUAUUUUAUUGUAUAAUUAUUGUGAAGAUUGUUUUUUGUUUUUCAAGACAUCUAAACUAUACCAAAGAUGCUUUUGCAAUUUAUGGUAAUAUUUUGCUAACCCAAAAUUUAAUAACACUGCCUUUUUGUAAAAAUAUUUUUGAGAAUCUCUCAUGAUCUCUGUUUUUGAUUUAAAUGAUCAGCUUUCCUCUGUUUUGACCACAGCAGAAGAUGCUCAAAGUUAUGUACAUCUUCUAAUAUGCCCUCUGUUGCUGCAUAUAAAAAUAAAAUACAUGUAUAUCCCCUUUUUCUCCCCAAUUUGGAAUGCCCUAUUCCCACUGCAUAGUAGGUCCUCGUGGUGGCGUGAUUAGUCACCUCAAUCGGGGUGGCGGAGGCCAAGUCUUAGUUACCUCAGAUUCUGAGAGACAUCUUAUCACAUGGAGGCUCAUGCUACUCUCCGCGAUACAAGCACGACUUACCACGCGCCCCAUUGAGAGCGAGAACCACUAAUUGUGACCACAAGGAGGUUUGUGGCUCUACCCUCCCUAGCAACCGGGCCAAUUUGGUCACUUAGGAGACCUGACUGGAGUCACUCGGCAUACCCUGGAUUCAAACUAACGACUCCAGGGGUGGUAGUCAGCAUCAAUAAUCGCUGAGCUACCCAGACCCCUCGGUUGCUGAAUAUUAAUAGAAUUAAGAUUUUCAGGUCACAGCUUCAAAUUACUAUAAUUUUAGUCACUUCGGUUGGGUUUCAUACCUGCCACACAGCAUGCUAUUUGCCCUCCAAUAGUCUGGUGGAAACACAGAAAUUGAAAGCAAACUGCACCACCUGUGUUGCUGCAGUGGCAUGGGGUGCAAAAGGGUGGUAACACUAGGCUUUGAGCAUGCACAUUUGUUUUUCGGAUAAUGCAACAGAUCAGGAUAUGAUGUCACGUGGGAGAACUUCUGGUUUUAGUAAAUAAUACUUCACAAAUAACAAAAACUAUUAAAAGAUAAAAUGUUAAAAGAUACUGAAUCAUCACUUGCCAAAAGCAAUAA